UGCUCAUCAGCGCCCAUAAGCUGCUUUCAUUGAGAGAGAGAGAGAGAGAGAGAGUUGAUCGAUCAAAUGGCGGAGAGCCUGCUAUCAUGUGAUCAUGCAGAUGAUGACUACAUCGACAUGGAAGUGAGCUCAUUCUCCAACUUCCUUUGCCAUUCUAUAAGCUCCCCUCCACACCCAAGAGAGUUUGAGUUCCAAAUGUCUUCCAUCUCUCAAGAAAGAGAGCCUACAACUUCCCCAGCUGACGAGCUCUUCUACAAAGGAAAGCUCCUUCCUCUUCACCUCCCCCCACGUUUACAAAUGGUUGAAAAACUCCUCCAAAACUCCAACCCUGCUUGCGACACAAGAAAAGACAUCUUUGAAGAAUUCUACAGCACGCCUUUAGCCACUACUGCCACAACACCGAUUUCUAGCACCACCCCGUUUGAAUCCUGCAAUGUCUCGCCCGCCGAAUCUUGCCGGGUGAGUAGAGAACUGAACCUGGAUGAGUAUAUCUCCGAGUAUUCGACCGAAAACCCGAAAAAGUCAUGGACCAAAAAGAUCAAGCAGUCGUCUCUUGGUCUAAAGCUGAAGGCUUCCAGGGCUUAUCUCAAGUCUUUGUUCAGUAAAUCUGGCUGCUCGCAUGAAUCCUGUACAGCGGCUACCAAAAGAGCAGAUGAAGGAUCGGUUUCAAAAGCCACGGAGGGAAAGAAGAUUUACCCAUUUGGACAAAUUCAGAAAGACAAAUAUUGCUCCACGUCAUCAAGUAUCAUGAGGAGCAGUGAGAAAGAAAAGAAUGAUGCUGUUGGUGUUGGUGGCCACCAUAGGAGAUCAUUCUCGGUGGUAAUCAAACGCCAUUCGACGACAAAGAAGUCUUCGUCAUCUGGGUCAUCUUCAUCUUCAAGCUCGAACAAUUCAAAUGAGUUUCACGAGUUGCAGUUUCUCAAGAGAAGUAGCAGCUCGAGUUCAGAUAUUGAGAUAUCGAUUCAAGGAGCAAUUGCUCAUUGCAAGCAGUCUCUGCAGCGGUUCCAUUCCAGAAAGACUGUAAGUGAAGUUGGGUUUUACUCAUUGUCAGCUUCCAGGAUUUCAGUUCGUGAAGAUCAAGAAAGGCCAGACCUUUGCAGAGGUUGAUCGAGACAGACAGAAAGAGAGAGAGAGAGAGAGAGAGAGAGAGAGAGAGAGCUGUGUUCUUUUUUUUUCCUCUUUUGUUCUUUCGUAGUUUUGCUAAUGGCUAUGGCUCUGAACCUCUGAUCCAAUAAAAGUUUCUCUUCCUCAAACUAAGUUACAGUACUGAGU